UUGUAAGAGCAGCGCCCUCUAAGGACACCGGGGAUUGGGUGAUUCCCUCUCGCGUUUCGGCAGCCUGUCGGCUGGCAGCCUGGCUUAGCUGUCAAGCAGACCGGGAGGAGUGAGUGACGGGGAGAGAAGAGAAGAGGAGAGGCUGAUCGAGGCAGUCAUCUGUGACAUGCAGCGUGUCGCCUGACCUUUAUAAUAGGACAAGGAAAAGGCCGUAAAAACUGAUGACAACUAGGGUUGCGGGUUUCCCCUCCGAGUCGGUCCAGGCAUUCCGGGGAUUGUGACUAAAUGGUUUAGUAAUAGUCGGCGCAUCGCCGGUAAUGGAGAGGCGAGCGGUCGCGCUGCUGCUACUGCUGCUGCUGAUUUGCGGGAGAAAUUGAAUCAAUGGCUGAUAGCAACAGCAGAGGGAUGGAGAGGAACAGGGGGAGGAUGGCGCCGGACUCGGCUCCCCGGGGCGUGUAUCCUCAGCAGUACCUUCACCCCGGCGUGCAGGGCAUAGAGAUCCAGGAGCUGGCCUCGAAGCGCGUAGACAUCCAGAAGAAGCGUUUCUACCUGGACGUGAAGCAGAGCGCUCGGGGCCGCUUCCUGAAGAUCGCCGAGGUGUGGAUCGGCAGAGGCCGGCACGACAACAUUAGGAAGAGCAAGCUGACGCUUUCCAUGUCCAUGGCCCCGGACCUGAGGUACUGCCUGGGCGACUUCAUCGAUUAUUACGCCCACAUCGGCCUGCGCAGCACCCAGAUGGCGCGGCCGGAGGAGCAGAGCAACGGGCAGAGCGGCCGGCCACACGAUGCGCGCCGGAGGCAGCCGGAGCACCAUCCGCACGGCGCGCCGCUCUCCCCGACCGGCUCCGGCGCAUCGGAGGAGCACGCCCACCGGGUGCUCAAGAGCGAGUUCAUCGAGCGGGACAACAGAAAAUACUAUCUGGACCUAAAGGAGAACCAGCGCGGCCGCUUCCUCCGGAUCAGGCAGACUGUCAGCAGGGGACACGGCACCAUGGGCUACUACGGCCAGGGCAUUGAACAGACCAUCGUGCUGCCCGCACAAGGGCUCAUCGAGUUUCGAGACGCCCUGUCGCAGCUGAUCGAGGACUACGGGGACGAGGACGCCGACGAGCGGGGCCGGCCCACUCGGAACCACGACGAGUCCCCAGAGCUGCCCGAGGCCGUGUCCUUCCGGGUGGACAACAAGAGGUUCUACUUCGACGUGGGCUCCAACAGGUACGGCGUCUUCCUGAAGAUCAGCGAGGUGCGGCAGCCGUACAGGAACACCAUCACUGUGCCCCUCAAGGCCUGGGCCAGGUUUGGGGACAACUUCAUCAGGUACGAGGAGGAGAUGCGCCGGAUCUUCACCUGCCACAAGGAGAAGAGGACAGAUCCCCGGGCUGACAGCGAAGACCAAGAGGAUUGACGAUGCCUUACACGGUAGACAGAUCAGCCUGACCAUGAGCUUCAGACAGAAAUGGUAACAUAGUUUGUUAAAAAAAAAAACAAUCCUCUUGAAGAUGUACCUCUAAAAUAUUGUACUGUACGACUAGUCAACUAGCACUUUUAAAUUUAAUUGUUAUGUUUCAUUCAUAAUACGUUUAUGCCGUCAAGCUGAAGGGGGUGAGGCAAAAGAAUAGCUAGUUCACUUUUGCACAGUGAAAAUGAUAUGUCAUACGCUAUCCUAACCAUUGCAUCGCAGUUUAAAUAAUGAGUUAAAUAUUUAAGCUUUUAAGUCUGUGUGUGCGUGUGUGUAUCUGUCUGUCUAUCUGUGUUCCAAUGCUUGUGUGUGUGUGUGUAUGUGUAUGUGUGUGUGUGUGUGUGUGUUUUGCUUUGCUAUUUCACGUAUAUGCGUAUACAGGUUUCAGUGUAGGUCUGUUUACCUCGCAGUUAUGAAAAGAGGUUUUGAAUAUUAAUUACACAUUUUAAUAUCCUUGCGGAUUUUACAUUCUAAUCUGGUCCAUCAAUCUGUGCACUUUAUGGAGUUUUGCUCAUACCGAGUUGGCCAUCACGCCUCCUGUGCUCAUUAGGGCCCUAAGCUGUCCUGCUGCCCUGUAGGGACAUCCAUAUCAAAAAUGAAACAUGGUCAUUUGUUUCUCAGUUUAUAGUUACAUAUCAACAAAGGUCAUAUAAUAUUUACUGCAAGCAAAAAAAAAUCAAAAUCUGUUAAUGGUGUGUCAUUUAUAGUUCUUAGUCUCUGGGAAAUAAAAAUCUACACUAACGAAUGUGCAAAUGUUACCCCCUCUCUCGUUCUGUAGAUAUCAGGGAGAUGUUGCUGUAUUUGAGCAUCAGCCUUUCUGAUUUUGUAGAUUUGUUGAGCACACUGCUUGUUUUCAUUUACCUUAAAGCCAUUCUCGGUCCAAAUCCUACUUGAAAUCUAAAUCAGUUACUUGAAACACCCAAGUUAUCAUGUGGCUGCUUCACUUUUUUUUCUUUCUUGUUUGUAUUUUAAAAACAUUUGGUUUUGUAAGAAGACGCACAGACCCGAAGGUGAACGAGAGCGUAGAAUAUCAGGCCGCCAAUACCUGCUGGUUCACAGCUGUUUCGUGUAUUUGAUGUUGAUUUCGCUUGUAUCAGUCAGCUCUGUGUGUUUGGGACAUUGACAGUUAGAGCAUAAAUCCAUGGUGCUACGAAACAGAGAUGAGAAGUAAACUUCGGCCAGUCCAUUUUGGGGGUGUAAAUGAGCACGUGGUUAUCUAUUAUUUCUAGUGCCUCUGAUAAGGUGGCCAGAUUAACUCCCCUUCCACCCCACCCCCCACCCCCCAGGUAAAGCUGAAUAGUGUAACCAGAGGACCAGCACUGAACGAUCAGUUCACAAACAAGGUGCUUCUAUGAACCCCAUCAGAUCUUUGGGUUGUUUUAAUGCAGUAUACAGACUCCUGUGCAAUCCCAAACAAUAACUAUAACACUUGAUAACUGCCAAAAAUGGAGUGUAUUGACUUGCCCCCUUAUGACUGACAUGUGCUGUGAUUUUCUGUAUUUUGUCUGUAUAACAGAAACGCUUUAUGAUAGCUUCUAGGUGCAAUAUCUUUCUGUUGCUUGUGUAGUUGGUGAAAGUACACACACAGUUUUUUUUCUCUGCCUAUAUCUAGCAGAAAUUGUGCAUGUCUUUUAAUUCUGAAUGAAUGGAAUAUUAUGUUUGAAUAGACCCCCAAAACACAUCAUAAGCACACACAUUAUCAAGACAUUUGUUUAUUUACUGACAUGCUUUAGUGUGUUUAUAUUUUAUUUUUUUGACCCAGUGAAAAGCAACAUUUUUAAAUAUGUUACCGUUUAGAAACAUUUUAAAGAUAAUCUAAGUGAUAGCAAACAGAGUAUGUUAGUUUACAAUAAACAAUGAAGCUGUUCUCUGCCUUGAGAACAAUGUUAGCGGCUGUCAGAGACAGAAACUUGAAACAGUCUGUGGUAAAUUCUUUUCUACUUUUUCCCCCAUCGUUUGAGCUUGGCAAAUGAAAAACCGUGCUUGACGUACCAGUUUCAUUUUCUGGUUUAAGAGGCUUCUGUUUAUUAACAGGGAGAUGGGAAACAGUAGGAAACGUCCUGAAUAUAGCUGAGCUCUACUUCAGAUUGAACUCCAUUCGAAAAAGACGACACUGCAGAACAGCAAGCAAAGUGUGUUAAGUGUUUUUGCUUUAUUUACGCAGACAUGCCAAUGAAAAAUAAAAAAAAAUCUACUCCCAGUACGGGAUUCUUCUCUCCAGUUGCACUUGACCACGUACUAUGUAACAGGGAGAAGUUACGUAGUGCAAUGAAGGGCUUUGCUGCAUUGUAUCUCAACAUUUUGUGUGUAGAACUUCAGAAAAUACCAGUUCUCCUAUUUGCCUUACCAGUGUAAUGUGAAAAAAGGCAAAACAUAUUUUACUAAGUAUCAGCAUCACCCUAUAUUUUAAUGACAACUGACAAAAAAAAACUAGGUUUUUUUUUCCCCUUGGUGGUGUUGGGGGGGGGGCUCCAGCUGCUUAAUUGCAGUAUAUUAACUGCAAACCUGUUUUCUCUGCUAGGCCUAUAUAAAACACGUUGUUAUUUCCUGCGAGGAACUGGCAUAUCCAACAUGCUGCACGUGUAGCAGCAAGUCUCCUUUUUUGUCACAGAGUUGUUAUGCUGUCGCUGUUAAAACACGACAGUUUUGAGUGUUUUUUUCUCUGUUUGGUUGUCUAUCGUUUACAGAGGGAUGCUUAGAGAGCUGAUAGUGACGUGAAACCUUAAAAAACGUUGGUUACUGUGUAAAUAUCAAAGUGGUAAUUAUAUUGUUAAAUCUAGUUAGCCAUCUUGCUAACUAAGAAUGGGUGGUUUAAUAUUUGAAAAGCACAAGAAUGAGUCGGAUGUAUAAGUCCACGUACCUGUAUGUCCUUUGAUAGACAUUCCUAAAACCAGUGGGUAGUUAAUUGAUAAAUUGAUUGAUUCAUUCAUUAAGGGAAUUGCCCAAAUAACUAUUCGAACCCUUUUCUCCUGAUGAAACAUCUAAGGCUUUGAGAUGAUUAAGUGCAACAUUAGGACCUGAAGAGCACAAUAGUCAUGAAAUGUACCUAAAUGUGUAGCUUAGCCUGAAACGAUAGAUGUUCUUGGAUUUUUAUUAUUUUUUUUGGUUAUUUUUGGUAUGAGUGCAAUGAAAUAUCAGUGUUUUGAAAUGUCCAAAAUUGGUGGGGGUUUUUUUUGGAUAAAAAAAAACUAGCAAAAAAAAUUUGUUGUAUGACUUUGUGACCUAAGAAGAAAUCUGAAAUCUAGUGUCAAUGGUAAGGUACUUUACCAUACUUAAUGUAUUCUAGCUAUGGUUUGGAAAUUUUAGUUAUUUAUUUAUUUAUUUUGGCCCGUUGAUAUUUUGUUACCUUGUUACCCAUGUCAUGUUUGGGUUCGGUAAGAUUGGAAUGCGUGGGAGAUACAGGGGACUACAGCUCUGCCUUAAAAACAAUGUGCUCAGAUCAGACGUCCAGCAUUUGGGGCGACAGGCAAGCAUCCCAUCCCAGAAGGAGCACUUUAAAACAAAGGGCACUUUCUUCCUCCUCUGCCUCUCUUGUGACCGGCUUGGAGGAGGGACCCGAACUCGUCUGUCAGUUUCCUCUGCUUAUGGGAUGAAAGAGACAAUCCUUGCUUGUACAAGCCCAAGCCUCGCUAACCUGACCUUAGGGCACCGUGGGCACAAACUUCAGUAAUUACAGCCCAGAAGAAGGUGACCCCUACUUUUUCCGAAGGGGUGUACUGUGUCUCCGUUUCACCUUUCGCUGCAGUGUUUACUGAACCGCUCCUCUCCAGUGCUAGGACCUUAAGAGGAGCAGAUCCACUCUCCCGGAGGAGUGUUUGUGGGCUCUGUCCGAUUAGAUAUAAAAGAUAUACCUGUAUUUUUACACUAGUGAUAUAUCAACAGCCGCCAUUCCUGGCUUCUAGUAACCAGAGCAACCAAAAAAAGAGGCGGUUUCUCCUGUGAACGUGGUUCCUCGUAUCAGCCUCGUUGGUCUGUAUGCUCGGAGCGCCUGACCAUCCAUUGACACCCACUGUUGUGUUGCGUUUCGAAGUCCGUGUGUAAUUAUUUUUAAUUACGUUUCGCCGCUGAACUGGCGCUAGGCGCUCACCUUUUAGGAUUUCAAGGCUGCAGCGGUUUGACACAGAGCGCUAAAUGAAUUAGUUUGCAGCACAAUCUACGUUGAUGUAAUGUUGUGGCUUUGAGCUAGUGACCACGCACCGUCAUUUAGAAUAAAAAAAGAGCUGGACUCGGCUCUUUGAAUUCUGUCUCGAAAUGCUCUUGCGACCAUCGCACCGGGUUACCCCAGCAGAUCAGUACCAACGUAUAAUAUACAGAAAAGCACUUUAAAUUUUAUGUGCACAUGGGGUUUUCAAUUUCCCCAUCAAACCAUAAAUAUUUAUCAAAACAAAUCUAAUCUUACCUGAAGAUAGAACUUUUAAUCUUGUUCGCAUAAAGAAUUUAUUGAUUGAAAUAUAUUAUAUUGAGCUUUAUUUAUAACCCAAAAGUGUAAUAUCACUGUUUUGUAUUGUAUGCUUUUUGAAGUUUGUCUGUUCUAAUUUCUGUCCGUGCUUGUCGAGGGUGGAUCGGUUGAUGGAUAUUCUUUGGUUAGACUUUUUAUGAACGAGAGUGCUGUUGACUCCGUAAAAAUUUUCACUAAAAUUAAUUUAAAAAAUAUAAUGUGUAUAUUUAUUUUACUGGAAAUCAUUAUUUACAAUGAUUUCUUAAUAAUGUAGCUACUGAAUUUCUUUCCGGGAAUGUCAGUAAUCAAAUUAUGAUACAAUCAAGUUGAAAGAUGAGUGAUUUGUAAGAGUCCAGCAUUGUUGUCGCAUAAAUAGGCACCGGGACGCAGAAAAGAAUCCAUGAUUUCUUGUGAACUUCGACACGUGUUGCAUGACCAUAUUUCUUUUCAUAUUUCAUUUAAAGGGAAUGACUUCGCGAACCGUGGAGAUUAACGGUUUAGCUGCUCAUAUUCGUCUCGAAAAUCUCAACAUCACAUGGACUGUUACACUCAAAGAAAAUGUCUCCAUCCUUUAAGCCUUAACAAUGGUUUUAUUACACUGUUUUUGUUAAGGAGCAGUUAAAUGUAUUACCUUUGCGUUACCAGUGUAAGGGGCAAAUGAGAUGACACUGAGAUAUGCUUACAGCAGAACAUCGUAGCAAAAAACCAAAUAAGUUAUCCUGAAAGAUAUCCGGUGUCUGAGAUACACAGUCCGCGGCUAACAACAAACAUAACCGACACAGACCACAAUUCGCCUCUUUAGAUAUAUAACGGAGUCGUGUACGUGACGUGCUGUGCAGGUAUGGAUAUUAAAAAAGCUUUGUUGGCCUUUAUUUAUUAUUAGUAUUAUUAUUACUAUUAUUAUCACUAUUAUUUUGAUUUUGUGUUUAUCAUGCAUUUCUGCAACAGUGGGAAUUUAGAAUUAUAAAUGUUUGAUAAAGAUUUAAAAACGGUGAAACACAGUGUUUUAGUGUAUCUUGGGGUAAACGAUUGUGUACAACAUUAGCUUGUCCUCCUAUAGUCCUAUAUUAUAUUAUAAGACUCAAAACAAGAAAGCAAUUGUUCUAUAUUCUAGCACUUUCUUUAACGUGUACUGUAUUAGUUAAUGUUCUACAUGUAUGGUACUGUAUGAAUAUUCAUUAAUUGCCUUGUAGUGUUUGUAAAAGGUUGCAACGUGUAGGAUACGUAUAUGAGAAAUCCCAAGGUUUUUUGCAUGUCAACAGUUGGGUCCAAACAACAAAAAAAAAGGAAAAAUACAUUUCAAAAAAGUGGUGCUAUAUUCUAUAAUAUAAUGGUGCUUCUGUGGACUCCAACUGCAUGCAUGCCGAUUAGGAAGUAAAAAAAAAUGGAGAAAAAGAUUAAAAAAAAACUUGAAACUGAACAUUUUGUUUGGUAACGGCGGUGGAGAUAAUGUCUUUCUGUUACGACAAUUCAGUGUAACUGUAAAAUAUAUACUCACUCACUGUGGUUAUAAAUGUCUACGCUUCAGUGCUUACCGAACACCCCCCCUCCCUCCCUUCCCAUCUAUGUGUUUGUAUUUGUUCAUCUGGAGUCGACCUGCCAAUACUGGCACCAGUUUGUUCCUGAUGUAAGAUUUUUUAAUUUUAUUUUUUUUAAACAAAAAAAUGCCUGUCGGUUGCCUGGAAACCCAAAAGCAUCGCUGCAGUUGGGCGGACAUUCCGAGUAGUUCUGUCGGCCCUAAAUGCAGCUGGCGGAUUAUGCAGCCGGCAGUAUGUGACCGGCUGCUGAACCCAACCUGUACGCUCCUCAAUCAGCGCGUUCUGCAGUUAACCAGAUCAGUGAUGACUAUUUACAGUUACCCUGCAUUUGCGUCCUUUCCAAAAGAUCUGUAGACAAUCGUGACGAGUAUGACAGUUUUAUGUUGUUAGAAUCGUAUAAUUUUCUUUCUUAAAGCAGCUUUUACAUGUAGCAAGGUGGGAUGGAAGAGGGUGAGGAGGGGGCACACAUCAUAAAACGGAAAAAAAUCAGAGCAUAAAGGGAGAGAUCCAUGAUAAUAGGAGCUGAUUGUAAGAAAUGGAAGACGAUCAAUAUCACCAUAAAUGCCAUUACUUCAUUUCUGUUUAAUAGAAAUUUUCAGCAGACAAGAUCAAAUGUUUGCCACUGCAGAUAUAUUCUCUGUUGUCACCAUGAUCACUUGGAAAGGAGGUAAUAAAAUCAAAAUAAAUGAUUCUUGCUAUUCUGCG